GCCGAGAACCAAAGUUGCCUGGGUUUUCGGUUCCACCCUCUGAAAAAUUUCAAUUUGGACUCGUUUGAAUAUUUUGUAAAAAAAUCAAUUUCUAUGAUUGGCACACUGUUUCCAAACUCACAGUCUCUUUGGCCACACGUUCUUGGAAAGCCCAAAAUUAUCUGCCCUCAAUGAAUCGUGUUUUGUGGCCUUUUUUUGUAACAGAUCCAUCGCGUCGUCAGGCGGCCGAUGUCUUCCAUGGGGACCCUUUCAAAAUUCAGUCGUACAACUUUCGCUAUGCCGACAAGCCGUUUUAUCCGGCCCAGAACUAUCAGAGGCCGACUGCGCCGCCACUGGUGAGGAAGCCCUCCUUCCAGACCUUCUAUUACAAUCCCAGGUUUAGCCACGAUCCCGAGUACAUUCCCGCCUCAAGGCGGCCACCCACCAGUUCCUUCGUCGAGCACCGGAGACGUCAGCUUCUGCGUGACUCCAGGGCUAUGCCCUCGCAACCUUGGGUGACUCCGCCUGGGAGACCGAGUGUGCCUGUGCCGGUGCCGGUGCCUCCACAGACAAGACGUUCUCCCACUGUCACGGACUUCCCGCUCCUGAGGACCUGCUGUCUGAGCGGGGAGUGUCAAUCAAUGAGACGUGGUGGGAGUACCAUGACCCUGAGUAAGAGUAGCUUGGGUGCUCUGCGGUCCACGACUGGUGGUGUCCGACUUCCCUCAACCACCACCUUCUCCAGUGGUUCCAACUCCCAGCUGCAGACCAAGAGAAGCGGAUGCGGGAUUAGCAUAAACAUCUGCAGUGUGGAUCCGCAAUCCGAGGUGGACAACAACGUGAGCAUAAAGAUUGAGGCGGAUGCCUAUCUGCUGAACAAUACGGACGAGGUGAAGCACAAAACGCAGCAGGAGUGGAGUUCUCCCACAUCUUCUGGUACCUUUGGCAUCGACAAACGACUGUCCAAGUUCAAUGUGAGCGAGACUAGGCCAAGAACUAGUCCGGAAUGGGAGCCCCGGCAGCGGGAGAGGGCCAGGGUACUGGAACGACAACAGGAGCGGGAGCGAGACCGUCAGCUUUUGGAGGAUCGACGGCUGGAGCGGGAAAGGGAGCUCCAGGAGGAUCGGGAUCGAGCACGUCAGCGUGAGCGAGAUCGGGAGCACCUCCGCACAUUGGAGCGCCUCCGCGAUGAGGAGCGUCUUUUGGAACUGGAGGUGGAGCGCGAGAAGCAGCGAUUGCGGGAACUGGAACGCGAAACGCAGCGGCACAGGGAAUGCAAUCGAUUUUGUGUCAUCCAGGAGGAAUCGAGCAACCAACGGCUGGAGCACCUACAGAGGAAGCCAGACAAUCCGCAACCGCCGGUUCCAAUGACCUCCCAUUUAUACGCUGUUACCUCCGAUGACCGGUUACCCGGAAUGGCCUUCUGCGAUUUGUCCUCCCGAAGGCCCCAGCGUUUGCACACCUCGAUGAGGGAUCUGCCUAGAUCAAAGAAAAAACGCAGAGCUCGCGCUGUUCAGGACGCAAGAACCGUAAGAUCCGCAAACCUCUCACUCACUCCUCCACCUAUCUUUACCCGGAAUUCCAGCUCCCGUUCUCCUAUACCUUCUCGAGCUCCCACAUCCCGCUCCUCUUCUCAUAAUAGGAGUGCAGACCCGUCCUCUACCCGCAGUCCUACCCCAAAUCGUGCUUACCAGGAGAGUACAACUCCCUCCACCCCAAGAAUUCUCGAUCGCUGUAGUUCUGGCACUUCUAAUGGCAAUGUCCAUGUCACGGUUACCACCAGCGGAGGGCGGAGCAACUGUAGCAUGAGGCGUUCAUCCAAUCAACGCGUGAGUGAGCCCAAGGUGCUCAAUGGAAGCCAUCCCUUCGUCACCACUCUGAACCACAUGCCUAUAAGGAUAACUACUUCAAGAACCGCGGACAGAGAUCUAGCCUUUAGCCUGAACCAUGUGAGGAUUAGGGGAUCUUCACCAGUGCCAAGAGAAGGGAGAAGCAGUGCAGGUGGACAGGAUGCCUGUCAGGUCAACAUCAACGUGUACUCGCAGAAACUGCGUUUAAUGCGCAUAUAAGAAAGGGAAAUGGCGGAUUGUAUUUGUGAUUUCUGAGAUAGAUCUUCUUUGGAACAUAGAUGAUAUUUGUCCCAGAAGCCACUUAUGCGAUCCCUUAAUUUCCUUUCCAUGGAAAUAAUGUGCGGUUUGUCUGUUUCAUUGCUGAUACUUGAGUUUUAUAUGUUCUUAGCCCAACAGAACGCGAAGAGAAUUGUCCAAAUAAAAGAGUAAAGUAUGACACUUUC